UAGUAUCUUUGAAUUUUGAAAAUGUUAUUGUAUGUAUAUCUAAUUAAUAAAAAUUUGAUGUAAAUUCUAAGCGCAGGCUUAUUUAAAUUUUUACAUAAUAAUUUAAAAUACGACUUCCGGCGUAGAAAGUUUUACUACUUAAGAUUUAUUACUAGAAUAUAACCAGACAGACUGGCCGGGACACCGAUGGCAUCUGAAUCUAUUUUUAAAAACCCUCUCGAAACGUGAAACCUACUACUUAGGAGAGAUAGUCUAAGAAAACGUAUUCUACAAUAAAGCGUAACCAAAUUAUAGAAGAUGGGACGAAAUAGCGUUCAGCUAAGAUAUCAAGACAUCAAAAAAAUGUUUACAUGGACAUAUGUGAAGAAAAUAAUAGUAGAUCCUGCUCAUUUAUCGUUUAUUGCGUUCUGUAUUUUGGUUGCGGAGUUGGUUCUAAAUAUACUGAUUGUAGAAAAAGUGCCUUAUACAGAAAUAGAUUGGAAAGCAUAUAUGCAAGAGUGCGAAGGAUUCAUAAAUGGUACCUUUGAUUACAGCAAGCUCCGUGGUGAUACAGGACCUCUGGUUUAUCCUGCUGGUUUUGUGUAUAUUUAUUCAUUUCUAUACUUUAUUACUAGUCAUGGUGAAAAUAUUAAGUUAGCGCAAUAUAUUUUUAUCUGUGUUUAUUUAAUAUUACUUAUUUUGAUUUUAAGAAUUUAUCUUAAAACUAAGAAAGUACCACCAUAUGCCCUUGCAAUCACAAUUUUAACCUCAUAUAGAAUUCACUCUAUUCAUGUUUUAAGAAUGUUUAAUGAUCCAAUUGCUGUAUUACUGUUAUAUGCAUCACUUAAUUUAUUUUUGGAUUCAAGGUGGUAUUUAGCCAGCUUUAUAUACAGCUUAGCAGUUUCCGUAAAGAUGAAUAUUUUGUUAUAUGCACCAGCCCUGUUUUUCUUUUAUUUGGUUAAUUUAGGAUUUAUAGAUACAUUUAAACAAUUAUUUGUAUGUGGUCUGACACAAUUGAUUUUAGGCCUUCCAUUUUUGUUAAGUAACCCAGUUGCUUAUAUUCGGGGAAGUUUUGACGUAGGUAGAGUUUUUAAUCAUACUUGGACUGUUAAUUAUAGAUUUAUGGAUGUGAAAGUAUUUGAAAGUGCAUGGUUUCAUUUAGUUUUGUUAGGAAUACAUAUCAUGUUGUUAUUAUUGUUUUUACCAAUGUGUAUACAAUAUUUUAGAAGUUAUUGCCGAUUAAAGUAUGUUCAGAAGCAAGUACAGCCCCAAAUAGAUGCCAAAAAUUUAGAGGAUAAGAAAAAAGUGAAAGCUAAGAAGAGCAUGAAAAGCAAAUUGGAAAAGGAUGAAGAUCUUACCAAAGAACAAGAGCAAUUAUUAAAAUCAUUUGAAAAUAUGCUUAAAAAGUCAGCGCCAAAGGGAAGUAAGGGGAACAAUGAAGUAAAAUCCAAAAGCUCCGAAAGUGAAACAAAGCAUUAUAGUAUAAAUUUUGAUAUUCUUUCACAAUUAUUUAUUUUACCUAUGUUUUUGGUUAACUUUAUUGGUGUAGUUUGUGCUAGAAGCCUGCACUAUCAGUUUUAUUCUUGGUAUUUUCAUACACUACCAUACCUGUUGUGGUCAACUAAUUUUAGUUUAGUUGUUAGAUUUCUAAUUUUGGCGUUAAUUGAAUUUUGCUGGAAUACAUAUCCAAGUACCGAUGCAACUAGUAUCUUAUUACAUGUGUGUCAUAUUAGCAUUUUGUAUGGUAUUUACAAUAAAAUGUCUAGAGAAUUUAAUUUUGUAUCACGAAGUAAUAAAGCUUUGUAAAUUG